AUGGCUGCUGAUUUUGAUGAAGAUGAUUGGAACCGAGCCGUCGAGGAUCUAGAUGAGGACCAUCAACGUAUUGAUGAAGCACCCACCACCAACCAGCGACUUGGGAGAUUUACAGUCGUUGCUCUCAUUUUGAACCGCACUAUUGGAUCCGGAAUAUUUGUGUCUCCUAUCAAAGUCUACAAUGGAACUGGUAGCGUCGGAGCGUCGAUGUUACUUUGGUUUCUUGGUGGCAUCGUAGGAACUUGUGGAUUGCUGGUCUGGCUGGAGUUGGGCCUUUCGCUCCCUAUCCGCGUCGUUCAGGUGAUGCCAGGGAUUUUCGAGCGAACUAGCGUUCCGAGAAGUGGAGGAGAAAAGAAUUAUCUCGAGUUCAUCUAUACAAACCCAACCACUGGACGACCGAAAUUUCUGGUGACCUGCAUGUACGGAAUUGUGUUCAUUCUCUUGGGGAACCUGUCUGGCAAUGCUAUUGCCUUUGGAACUUUCAUCAUGGAAGCCGCUGGAGUGCCUGACCCCUCAAAAGCUGUCGUGAUCGGAAUCGCGAUUGCUGCUUUGACGCUAGCCAUAGGAGUGCACAUUUUCUCCCGCAGAGGUGGAAUUCUUCUCAACAACGGAUUUGCUGUUGUAAAGGUAUUGAUUCUCCUCACCAUGAUUGUCCUCGGCUUUAUCAAAGGAGCUGGCCACAAACUUGGUGGACCAGCGGUCGAUGCUGCUGAUAGCCUUGCACCGAAUGUCGCUUUCAAGACCGACAAACGCGACCUUGCUAGCUAUACUGACUCGUUUCUGUUCAUUGUGUAUACGUACUCUGGCUUCGAGCAGCCAUUCUAUGUUUUAAGCGAGGUUUCGAGGCCGAGAAAGGUGUUUCCCAAGUACACUUUACUUGCCAUGCUUGCAACCACGUCGUUGUUUGUCCUGAUGAACAUCAGCUAUUUCUGCGCAGUAUCGAAGGACACUCCGGAUAUAGCGUCAGCACAGGACAUGGCGACGGUGUUCUUCGACCAGGUAUUCGGCAAUGAAACAGCUAAAAGAGUCAUGUCUGCGAUGAUAGCUUUCUCCAUAUUCGGCAACAUAGUCGUCAUGACUUUCACAGCAGCUCGUGUGAAACAGGAGAUUGCUAAAGAAGGCAUCCUGCCAUUCUCGCUUUUCUUCGCGACUGGUCAUACCACUUCUUUCGCUCGCCUCAAAGAAAGGUUCUUUCCCUCGAGGGCACUUGACAAUGAGCAUUUGGAGCAAACCCCAAUGGCCGCCCUUGGACUACAUUGGUUUACCUCCGUUUUUCUGAUUGCUAUCACUUCGAUGAUGGAUACCGGUACUGCAUAUUCGGCACUUGUGGGCCUGUAUUCGUACACCAUCAUCAUUUUAAUGGGAUUCUUUUGCUCUGGUGGACUGUUAUAUCUGAAACUAAGCCCAAGUCGAAAUUGGAAGGAGGACGCCAACAUUAGGUUCUGGAUAGACCCACUGCACGCAGUGAUCUACUGCGUCACUUGUGGAUUUCUCCUGGUGGCCUCUUUCGUAAAGCCGGCAGAUAACUCGCCAUAUUCGUACCAAAACUCCCACAUACAGUGGUUCGUCAUUCCUACAAUUGGGUUGUCGACUUUAACGUGGGGUUUGAUGUGGUACGGAGGCUUACAUCUCGUGAUGUAUCGAAAGAUGAAGGACCUUGUUGUGACACGUCUUGCUCUGGUGGUGCCAGACAACAAAGUCGAAGGACAGUUCAUUCAAAAGGCCGAAAUCAUUCGCCAUGAGUGGCAUGUGCGGAUUCCUUCUUCUGGUGCGAGUAUCGAUUAUGAUAAUGAGAUGUCUUGA